GAGAGGAAAAAGGAGACGGAGAGGCGGCUCGGGGCCGAGCAGGGACGGGGCAGCCGCCUCCCGGCCCCGCCCAGCCGCUUCCCGGGAUCGUCGCCGCCGCGCGGCAGCGCUGCGAGGAUGGAGCCGCCCGAGGAGGUGCGGGCGCGGCUGGAGCGGGCCGGGCAGGGACACGUCCUGCGCUUCUGGGCCGAGCUGGACCCGGCUCAGCGCGCGGAGCUGCUGGCCGCGCUGCCGCCCUGGCUGGGGGAGCACUGCCGGCUGGCGGCCGCCUGCGCCCGGCAGUGGGAGCAGCUGGAGCGCCUGGACGGCCGCGUGGAGCCGCUCCCCGCCGCGCUCCUGGGCAGCGCCCGGCACUGCGGCCCCGGCGCGCUGCAGCUCUGGGAGGACGAAGGUUUGCACCAGAUCUCACAGAACAAAGUGGCAGUGCUGCUGCUGGCUGGAGGACAAGGAACCCGCCUGGGAGUGAGCUACCCCAAGGGCAUGUACGAUGUGGGAUUACCCAGUGGCAAAACCUUGUAUCAGAUCCAAGCAGAAAGAAUCCGCAAAGUGGAGCAGCUCGCUGGCCAGAGGCACCACUGCAAGUGUACCAUCCCCUGGUACAUCAUGACAAGUGAGUUCACGCUGGGGCCAACAGAGAAGUUCUUUGUAAAACACAGCUACUUCAACCUGGAUAAAUCCAAUGUAAUCAUGUUUGAACAGAGGAUGCUGCCAGCUGUCACCUUUGAUGGGAAGGCCAUCUUGGAGGAGAAGGGGAAAAUUGCUAUGGCUCCAGAUGGCAAUGGUGGUUUAUAUCGUGCUUUGGUGGAUAAUAAGAUCUUGGAUGACAUGAAGCAGCGUGGUAUCCAGUAUGUCCAUGUGUACUGUGUAGACAACAUUCUUGUCAAAAUAGCAGAUCCAGUCUUCAUAGGUUUCUGUGUUUCCAAAGGAGCAGAUUGCGGUGCCAAGGUGGUGGAGAAGGCCUACCCCACAGAGCCUAUUGGGGUGGUGUGCCGCAUGGAUGGGGUCUCUCAUGUGGUGGUGGAGUACAGUGAGAUCAGCCCAGAGACUGCGCAGCAGCGAAGACCUGAUGGAGGGCUGAUGUACAGCGUUGGCAAUAUCUGCAACCAUUUUUUCACUGUUGAGUUUCUGCAGACAGUGGCCCAAAAACACGAGUCCCAGCUGAAGCACCAUGUGGCCAUAAAGAAGGUGCCUUACAUUGACGAGGAGGGAAAUCUGGUAAAGCCACUAAAACCGAAUGGAAUAAAGCUGGAGAAGUUUGUGUUUGAUGUGUUCCAGUUCUCUAAGAAUUUUGUGGCGUUUGAAGUUUUGAGAGAAGAGGAGUUCUCACCAUUAAAAAAUGCAGACACAUCUGAGAAAGACAAUCCUACCACUGCUCGGCAGUCCCUCCUGGCCCAGCAUUACCGCUGGGCUCUCAGGGCUGGGGCCAGAUUUCUGGAUGCAGAUGGCUGCACAAUACCAGAGAAGCUCAGUCUUUCAGGAACUGAAGAUCCUCCAGCUGUGUGUGAGAUUUCUCCAUUAGUAUCUUACUUUGGAGAGGGUCUGGAGAGGUACAUGAAGAACAAAGACUUCUGUUCUCCCUUUAUACUCGAUGAAGACAAAGCAGCAAUGUUAGGAAGUUCUUGAAGAGGAAGGAGGACCUCCCCUUCAAAUAAGAUGCAUGUCUGUCAGAGCCAUUAUAAGAACUGACCCUCCUAAAAGGUCAUAUGAAGUGCCUUAUGAAAACUUGCUUUGCAGUGUCGUGUUGAUGCCAAAUCCUUGCAGCAGUUGUGCCUACUCACCAGAUCUGUCUGGUGACUCUGAAGUCUGAGCCUUUUACCCUGGUCUGUUUUGUAGACAGCGAUGUGAAUGAUGAUUAGUACUUUCCAGGUACCAGACAGAUUUUAUAUUUCCUUUCUCGAGUGCAUACAAACAUAUAACAGAGCCAGCUGGAAUCUGAUCAAUCAGCUUUGCAUUCAUGAAGAUUAGAUCUCUGCAGUGCCUUUUUUUUUUUUUUUAAAUCCUAUUUGUGCUGUUGUUAUUAUAUAUAUGUUUAUAUAUAUAUUUGCUUGUUUGUAUUAAACUGUGAAGAGCUGAAGAAGAAUCAUUAUGAUGCCCCAAUCUGUACAGUAUGGGAUGACUUUUUGUACUGGACCCUUUCUGUCCAAAAGCAGUUUUUUCUGUAAUCCUCUGCUGCUCAGGAGAUGCAGUUCAGCAUUCACAUCCUCAAUGUAAUUAGCCUUUUCUAUGUGCAGACCCUCUCACUACAGUUCUGAUUACCUCUUGCUGUGUGUGCAACUAGUAUUUUGAGUAGAAUCUUUAGUAUAAAUUGAGCAUUUGUCUUUGACGCUCAGUUCUGUAUUUUUUAUUGUGCAUUUUUUAUGGGUCAUUUCCAUUCCUGUCAGUUGAGUUUUGCAUCUGAGAACUGAUUCAUUGUAUCUUUGAGAGCAUUUCUCAUCAGUUCAGGCCCAGGUUGUUUUAAAUUGUGCUGUGCUAUAAAGAAAAAAUAUUCUUCUGUUAUUUCUAAAAUGCUUUUUAAAAUUGAAUUAUAGUUCAUUUUGUGCAUGUUUUAGUCAUGUGAACACUGAACUGCAGGUAUGCUUUAGACAUUGUUUUUGAGAAGAAUUAGGGUGCUGAAUGCCUUAUGUAUUUUGUUUUGUUUUCCAGAGAUUUUUGGACAAUUAAGCAUUUUGAUAAUAAAGAUGUUGCUGUGAUCUCUA